GGGAAUGGUUCUGAAACCCUCGCGCGGAGCUGAGUGGAUAGAGCUGAAAUGAAACUGCUGGUUGUUACGGUCUCAUCUUCCCCCAAUCUACAAGUGAGAGACUUCACUCCAGACCACGUCAGUGCUGUGAGGAGACUGGAAUGGAAUUUAGAUCUCUUCAGAAUAACUUCAAAAUUCGAAGAAAAUGUCUAAACAUCUGCGGGCCGACAACCAGUGCGUAUAUAACGUUUAGGAAAGCUUGACUAACUCUUGAGCUUUACGAGAAGACACACGAGUUGAAUUGAUUUUGACGAUAUUUGCACCUUCUCCGAAUGUGGUGGCAAACCUUUUUCUAUGAAGGUGUAGUGAAGUUGGAAAGGACAGAACGUACAUUUAUCACUGCUGGCUCUACGGUUGGCGUCGCGUGGUGCAGCUGCAUCUGGAACACACGCAAGGAGAGAAGGGGCAGAGAGACGCCCGCUUCUGCUGUACAUAGGGGAUAAAGUAGAGACGACUAUUUCUAAGUAAAUCAUGGCUUACAACUGAGCUUUCCUUGAGAAUUGAUGUGCAUUUGCAAAAGGUUUGUUCGGAUAAAGUUGACAGCUCAUCUUUCAAGUAGUCACAUUGCCAUUUUGGUGACUGGAUGUGGGUGGAAAAACGGAACGCACGGACGGACUGUACUCCAGGAUGACCAUUGUGUUACUCCACCGUAAGAUACAGCCGGUUAGGUGUUGUUUGUGAAUAUGGAAAGUCGAUUGGUAGCCUACGUUCUUAUAAAACAUAGUUUACAGUUCCAAGCGUAAAGACACGGACAAUUGAAGUAUUUUUAUAUGACUGUUUAACAAUUUGAGUAAGAAGUGGUGAUUAUGUCUUACCAUCACUAUUCAUAUGGUCUGGCAGCAUGUUCAGUGCAUGUGCUCUGCAUUUGCAAAAACGAAUGCUUGUCCUGGAUGGAUUGUAUAUAGGAGCAUUAAUUUUAUCACGCGGACACGCCUCGUCAGUCAUUAAACAAAUCAGAUAAACACAGCGCGAAUAUGAUCAAUAUAGUGUAUCGAUGAGCCCCUAUAUAAAGCUAAUGAUUGGUCCAGCCUCUGUUUACUUAACAUGCCUUCGAGAAUAUGCUGUGAAAGUUUCAUAUGAGUGCCAACAGCUCAUUGAAAUAGACACAAUAAAGAAGAUACUUUUUACAGAAAUUAUUUCUUCAUAUAUAAAUAACCUAUUGUACUACAACUGGAAUACAUCUGAUUGAAAGCUGCGGACCUAACAGAAUGCCUAGGAAAAUCCACAAUCAGGAUGCAUUUUUUGCCUCAUUUCUAAAGUGCUUUUUGAAAUAUUUAUAGACAGUACUCUGCAGGAUGAUCACUGUGAUAAGCAUGGUGACCCAGCCUCCAGAUGAGCUGUUUCACGGGCAAGCAACAAAGGGUACAUUUGCCAUCUAAUUGGCCAGACUUAAGGUGAUUGGAAUUAUGGGGUGAUUUCCGUCUCUAUAAGCAGGCAGAAACAUGGAUAUGAACUUCUCCACAGUCCGCGACAGCGAAAAUUUGCAGGAGAGAGACUCAUCCAAACGUGUUCUGACAGGCUGCUUUCUCUUUGCGCUAAUCCUGACCACACUGCUGGGGAACACGCUGGUAUGUGUUGCCGUCACCAAAUUCCGACACUUGCGCUCAAAGGUCACCAACUUCUUCGUGAUCUCUUUGGCCAUCUCAGACCUGCUGGUGGCCAUCUUGGUGAUGCCGUGGAAGGCAGCGACGGAGAUUGUGGGCUUCUGGCCCUUCGGGGCAUUUUGCAACGUCUGGGUGGCUUUUGACAUCAUGUGUUCCACAGCGUCCAUACUGAACUUGUGUGUCAUCAGCGUGGACAGAUACUGGGCGAUCUCCAGCCCGUUCCGCUACGAGCGGAAGAUGACGCCCAAGGUGGCGUUCGUUAUGAUCAGCGUAGCGUGGACGCUGUCCGUGCUCAUCUCCUUUAUCCCGGUCCAGUUGAACUGGCACAAGGCCGCCGCUCUGGAGUUCAAUGGUACCUAUGGUGAGCUGCCGCCAGACAACUGCGACUCCAGCCUUAACAGGACGUACGCCAUCUCCUCCUCCCUCAUCAGCUUCUACAUCCCCGUGGCCAUCAUGAUCGUGACCUACACACGGAUUUACCGGAUUGCCCAGAUCCAGAUCCGGCGGAUCUCGGCCCUGGAGAGGGCCGCCGAGUGUGCCAAGAACCGCCACAGCAACAUGGGGACCAGCUCCAGCGUGGAGACGGAGAGCUCCUUUAAAACGUCUUUCAAACGAGAAACCAAAGUCCUGAAGACCCUGUCGGUCAUAAUGGGGGUGUUUGUGUGCUGCUGGCUGCCCUUCUUCAUCCUCAACUGCAUGGUGCCCUUCUGCGAGCCCAACGGCACGUCUGACUUCCUCUGCAUCAGCCCCGCCACCUUCGACGUGUUCGUCUGGUUUGGCUGGGCCAACUCCUCGAUCAACCCCAUCAUCUACGCCUUCAACGCGGACUUCCGCAAGGCAUUUUCCAUCCUGCUGGGCUGCCACAGGCUCUGUCCGGGCAGCAGUGCUGUGGAGAUAGUGAGCAUUAACAACAACGACGCCCAGCCACCGGUGUUGCAGUAUCAGCCCAGGGGGCACAUCCCUAAGGAGAGCAACAACGCCACCUACGUGAUUCCUCACAGCAUCCUGUGUCAGGAGGAGGAGCUGCAGAAGAAAGAUGAGGUUGGGAUUACGACCUUGGAGAAACUUUCCCCGUCCCUGUCUGGGGACCUGGACAGCGAUGCUGACUUGUCACUGGAAAAGAUUAAUCCCAUAACUCAGAACGGCCAGCACAAGGUGGUGACUUGUUGAGCGCUGUGUGUACUGGUGUACGGUGUGAGGAAAAAAAAUUAACAGAAGAGACCCAGCGGGCAGUCUGCCUUGCCAAAGUGUGGGAUAUACAAACUGAGCUUCACUGCGAACCUUAAAUGUAAUCACUAUGUAUGGAAAUCUACAGAAUGUUUCAAAUGAAGGCACUUUAUCCUGGAUAACUAUCUGCAAAACACCUUCAGCAUUUAUUAAUGAAGUAUAGACAGAUUUGUCGGUAAAUGUUCCAUAACUUGAAUAAAGGAAAAACAAAAAUACACAUGUGUAUACAUGUGUUGUAUUUACAAAUGUGUAUACAUUUGCAUGUGUACAGUAGUGGCGUUACAGAUGUCCUGGAAGCCGUAAUAACAUGGAGAAAGAAGUAGAAAUAGUAGCAAAAUGUCUUGUAGGUAAGUGCUUUACAUUUGUGUACAGCGUGUUUCAUAUUACAAAGAGAACUAUAAAGAUGCCUGGUUUGGAAUGUUAUUUUGUCAGUGUCUACCAUGGGGUGUAAUUAUACUUUUUUAUUUUACAAAAUAUUUAUCAUAAUUUAUCAUAAUUUAUUUAGAGCUGAAGUCUCUUCUGUGGUAAUGAUAAGUGGAUGGUGUAAAUAAUUAAAAACAACCCUCAUCAACUCUUCCAUUUGAAUUGUUGUGACAGACAGUAUGCCUCAGUGUGGUACAGUUGUAAGGUGUGGUGUGAACACACAUGCAUUUGAUAUUUAUAGCACUUUGUCAAUAACUAAGGCAUCCUCUCAAUGCCUUUCAUUUUCAAAGUGACACCAACUUAUGCCAAGUAGGCCUAUGCCAUCUUUCAGAAUAUUUAAGUUGCAUUCCCCUUUUUUAGUACAUGUGUUUCUUAAUUGAGCUCCAAUGAGUGUCAACAUUUUCCAAUCUGAUUGUCAAACCAGGAUUCUAAAGAUCAUACUGCCAAACAAGGAUUCUAAAGAACAGAUGCCUAAUUCCUAUUGCAGUCCAAUAUAAAACAGGGUAUACUUUAUAAACCCUCUGUUGGUAGGACCCAUUGUCACAUUAGCACAUCAAGUCCCCUAGCUACCUGUAUAGGUGUAGCAUUUCGCUUCCCUGUAGCGCAUCUCUCCCCAAUUCAACUCCAUUAUCCUUUUUGUCCCUGAAGACUCACCACUCACUCCAAACCAUAUGACGACUUUACGCUUUUAGGACAUUCCGUGAUCUCAUCAGAUACUUUUUAGUGUUCAGCAUCUGAUAGGUACCAUAUAUGGCCUCCUGUUCCAUAUAUAGGACAUAUCAGAGGCCCACUAAAGUGCUGCUAAAAUAUAGUACACUAUUGGAAAGAGUGGAAAACAGGGCCAGUUUUUGACCCUUCUACUGUCCAGUGCUGAGAGCUGAUUCUAUUAAGUCUGUUUGCAUGAAAACAUCCAGCUUAGUGAGUAGCAGGAAAUGUCAUCAAUGUCAAAGAACGACUCAUUUAGUUAGUGUACCUCACACAAAUCACUGGUCGCCCACAAUAUACUCUGGUGAGCUUUGCUCAUCUACUGAAGCCUGCUGUUGUUGUUCAUUGUUUAAGCUGGAACAGUGACCCUUUAGUGCUUACAAAUUAAUAUAUAUUUUGACUACCUUUGGCUGAACUUGUUCUUGUUAUUCCCUCUGCAGUAUUAGAAACUGUCCUGGAUUUGGCAUGAAUCAAUAUUGGAAUUAGGGUAAUUGGAUUUGGGUGUUACUUCACAGUGUGAAUUGGGUGCUGGGCAUAUGUUCACACUCUUAAGUGUGACAACACUUCCCAGGUCAUCUGGGCUCCAUGCUGAACAUGGGUUUGAUGUCAGAAUUAGCUAGAGUUAAUGCAGUAUGGCUGAUUUAUUUACAGGGUCCAGCCUUGUUCUUGAGUUUCAGGUUUUACAAAUACAUCAGUUUACAAAUGCAUCAGAGGGGGUCAGACAUUUUAACGGUAUUAAUCUGGAUUUCUGGUUAUUUUUUUGGGGGUUCUGUGAAGUCCAGGGUCAAUGUUACUUCUGAGUAAAGAAUAACAUUUGUAGGCAAAUGCCGAGUUUUCUGCGCAAGCCCCACCCCUUUCCUUCCCCUCUGGGAAUCCCAAAGCUACAAAGAUUUGGAUCACAUAGGGUGCAUGUGUUAUAUAUUCCACACACAUUCACGUUUCACUCAUUAAUCACCAAUUUAUCGGCAUGAAGAUGCCAUUAGAAGAUGACAGUUAAACCCCUGCAGCAGUUUGAACAUAAAAAAAUAUAUACCCAGGCCUUCAUGUUAUCGUGGCUACAACUGUCUCUGUUGCAACACAUGGUGGUGUAACACAACCGAAGCGCAUGGCACUGUGGGAAAACAAUCUGCAUUUUAUUUGAUGAUGUAAUAUAAAGACAGGCAUAGACAGACAGACUGAGUUGCUUAUAAAAGAACACAAGCACUUUGACUGACCGUCUGUCUCCUGGCUGAUUAUGGCAAUGAUGAUGAAAAAGACACUUAAACUGCUUGCAGUUGACUUUCUGCCAUGCUUGGCUGAUAUUCUGUGUCGCCUACAUAACUACAUUUAACUCCUGGACAUAUGACAUGAAAGUUGCUAGAUAUUUUAUUACACUAGCCCUGGAUUUCCUGGAGUCUGUGUCCGUUGAGUCUAGCCCAUUGAAAGUGCCAAAAUACAAACACCCUUUGAAAAGACAUCGGGAAUGUGCUUACCGCUCACUUGCAACAUCUCAAUCCUGUAAUGUAAAGACAGUGAUGACUUGAAGUAGUAUGUCCUUGUAUGUCCUUUUUUACCAUAUCAGUUGACCUGUUCUUAACCACGGGUGUCAUCUGGCCAGGAACUGAAAGUUUGCUAGGUCAAAAGCCUGAGCAGGUGAGAAAUCUCUUCGGUCCCUGGUUAAGGCUUUUUACUUUAAUUGCUCUCCUGGUUGCUGUUGUAAAUGUGAAUGUGUUCUCAAUCAACUUCCCUGGUAAAAAAAAUUAUUCUGUCACUCAAUAAUAAAUGUAAAGUCUACUUUCUAAUUAUCUUCAAUCACUAAUCUACAAUUAAAAUCCACGUAAUUAAAUGCUAGUCGCCAUACAGUACAUCUCUGCAGAAAUGGGAUGACAGAGGAAGUACAAUAUAAUCUACUUUUUAUUAUCAUCAAUAAGAGAUUUGUUCAUUUUGCUAUGUGAAACUUAUAAAUGUCCAACCAUCCAGUUUUGGAGGGGUUUGUAGUGCUACUGAGAAGAGCUCGCUAUAAACAACCAAAGACUUCAUGCAGUUGCGCUCAGCUAACCAUAUGCUAACUUUCAACUUUCUUCAAACUGCAUAACAGGGACAUACAAGUUGUACCAAGGGGUUUGUCUGACUCUGGGUAAGUAGGAAAUUAUCCCAAAUCACCAAGUUCCCAGCUAUCCCUUUAACUCUACAGUAGGCAGCCAUUUCAUGGGCAUUGCAAAAGUACAGAAGUAGAAUGCCUUGUUUGCUUAAAUGUCUUUUGUAAUGAUGCCCCACAGGCUUUGCGAAAGAACUCGCGUCAGCUUAUUAUUCUGUCUAGAUGUUUGUUUUGACAUUACAUGUAACAGUGCUUUUUUAAACCUGGCUGAGAGCAAAGCAUUCCUCUACAUCAAAUACCAAACGGAAAGAUAACUGCCUCUGUCCUUGUACAAUAUUAAACAACAUUCCUAUUGGAGUCCCUAUACAAGGAUCCUUGAGCUCAUUUCAUUUACAAUGGCAUCCCUACCUCGAAAUUUUACCACAAACUUAAUGUAACAUAACAUGAAAAACAGUAUUGUAUAUUGCUCAAAUGUAAAUGUGAACACAAGUGCUUUUUUAUCUUGGAGUCCUUAAAUGUUAGUAGCAAACAAUGUGCUGUUUUUCAGUCUGGGUUUUAUUGAAAAAUCAAGGCACUCACCUGUCGGAUUUAACUUCACAUGUUCUGCCGUUGUCAAGGUGUUGAUUAACAAUCCCUAAAUUUAUCGCAGUACCUAGUUUACAGUUUGUACAAAAUGUGCCCUUGCUACUUGCAAAAAUAAACGUGUAUGUUAAUUUUUUCA